AUGGACCGAAUGGCCAUGGAAAACGAUAUCCGGGUAUUGGUACUUGUCCACUCUCAAGCAUCUCGAAGGCAGACAAGGGCGUUGUUGUCGGAUAAAGCUGUUGACUUGGACAAGUGGGUUGAUGGCCAGCCGACCGAAGAGGAAGCCAUCAUGAUGCAGAGUCGAGGAGAUGACAGCGCCAUUCCCGUGCCAGCAGUCUUCAUGUUCGUGCCUGGCAUGCCGGUCGUCGUCAAUAAGAACACUCUGCAGGGAUUGAAACUUGUCAACGGAGCUUCGUACACAGCCGUGGAUGUGAUUCUGGAUAAGUCGUACCCCGGCUACCGGAUCUCGGCCGACACCAUUCUCCACUUCGGACCGCCUGCGGGGAUAAUACGGCUCCCACUGGAGCGGCGCCCAGGCGCCAGGAUAAAAUCGGCGCCCGGGCGUCGCGAUACCGUUUUAGCGGGCCGCACGUUUUCUGAUUGGCCGAGUCUUGCCGGCGUCUUCCCCGAGAAAUGUCUCCCGCCGGAGGAUGAAUACGAAUCUCGUGAGGAGCUAUUGACGGCAAUAAACACCUGGGCUGCAACAAGAGGGUUCGCGUUCAUCGCCCGGAAAUCUACUACUAAAUCGAGUGGUAGGAGAAUCGUAACAUACGCAUGCGAUAAGUCCUGGAAGCCUAAGGCCUCGACAGACUGCACAUACAAGACAAAUAAAUACCAAAUGCCGCUCCUCGAUAUGAUUGGGGUCGAUGCCUGUCGCCGGUCAUUUUGCAUUGCAUUCGCAUUCCUUAGCGGUGAGCAGGAAGAGGAUUACGCUUGGGCUCUGGAACGCCUUCGGUCGCUUUAUGAAGUAUGCAAUGCCAAACUUCCCUCUGUGGUCCUCUCGGAUCGCUGUGUGGCGUGCUUGAACGCUAUUGAUGACGUUUUCCCCGCUGCGCAAUCCUUGCUAUGCCUCUGGCAUGCAAACAGAGCCGUGCUUGCACAUUGUCUUCCCAUCUUCACGUUACAAGAACAGUUAGCAGCAGGCAUAGCAGCAGAUGCAUCUCGAUUGGCAGGCCGUAAAUCAGCUAAAUGGGGUGAAUUCUACAACUUUUGGCAUUCUAUUAUGCAAUCGCCCACAGAGGCCGAGUUCAACAAGCGUGUGGCUGCAUUUGACGAGAAAUACCUUCCACUCCAUGCCGAAGAAGUAGCAUAUAUCAAAAAGACUUGGCUCCAGCCCUACAAAGAGAAACUUGUCAAAGCCUGGGUCGAUCAGCACAUGCACUUUGGAAAUGCAGUCACUUCGCGUGUGGAGGGAAUUCAUGCGCUGCUGAAGUCAUACCUCAAGACCAGCAAGUUCGAUCUCUUCGACGUCUGGAGAACCAUCAAGCAUGCAGUCGAAAACCAGCUUUCGGAGAUACGAUCAACCCAAGCCAGACAACAGACCCGAAAGCCAACAGAGCAUUUGGGCGGCAGUUUGUUCAGUGCUGUACAUGGCUGGGUCUCACACGAGGCAAUGAGAAAGGUUGAUGAACAAAGGCGGCUACUAGAGAAAACGGAUCCCCGUGUUUCCAUGGUUUGUAGCGGGACGUUCACCAAAUCCCAUGGUUUGCCUUGCGUCCAUAAAAUAAAGCAAACUCUGGAAAGAAAUCAAGCUCUUAGCAUAGAUGACUUCCACCAACAGUGGCACCUCAAGCGCAAUGAGGGGCGACAUCAGCUAAUACUCGAGCCCAUUCGAGUUGAGUCGAGGAUACAGAAGGCAUCAGCCAUGGCUAAAUCAAGCACGCAACGAGAACCAAGCAUGUUUGAACAUGUAGAAGGCCGCUCUGCACCUACGUGCUCAAGAUGUCACGCAGUUGGUCAUACGAGGUCAUCACGAAUAUGCCCACUGCGGCAACAGGAGAUAAUCCUGGAGUCCUCUAUACCACAACUAGCUGAACCAAGAGAUGUGUCGCUAGCAUUAGCUGGCUGGUCUGCUGGCGCUGAAAAUGGCUUAGCAUGCCAGCUAGAGGAAACAGUUUGCGAUACGUCGUGUACAGGGACUAAAGAAGUGGAUCAACGAUUAGAUCAUGAGGUGAACGAGGAAUUGAACGAGGACCUGGGUUACGUUGUGAGUCAGCGAAUGGAUCAGAAAACAGAUGAGGGGGUUCUCAUUCACGGAACAAAUGAGACGACCCAUGACAGAGUUGAGGAUAUGAUAGUAGUGCAGCUGACGCCACGAACUCUCGACUCCGACUUGCAAACAUCGCCGAAGUCUCAUGACACAAAUUCUUCGAAUCGGGAGGUCGAUGCAAUGACACAACGUGCUCCGUCAGAUGCUACAAUAGAAGAAGAGACGCUCUUGCCUCACUAUGCUCCUGAGUCGAUUUAUAGACGCUACGUUCUAGCAAGACAGGCCUGGUAUGACAGCCAACCCAGAGGCAGUUUGAAGACAAACCAAGCAUAUCGCAGAGCCAUGGGACUUCCACUGAGAUACCAGAAAGACUUGUAUAUAUGGUGUCGAGAUUACAAGCAAAUGGGCCAGCACUGUGUUUCAUCUGGACGUAAAAGACGGGAAUGGACUAAAGAAGAGAUGAUGGCUUAUAUCGAUUUGGAUACCGCAGAAGAUCGACGUGUCGAAGCGGAGGUCAAGUCGCGGAUUGAUCGCGAUCCCAAGGAAGCCAGCAGACGUGGUACAAGGCAGGUAUGGCAGCAAGCAGAAGAUGAUGCGCAGGCUCAGGCAAGACUUUUCUCCCCAUGA